GAACGCGUGGUGCGGGAUAGUUGUAGAAGGAGAAGACGACGACGACGUGUGCGUGUGGACACAAAUAGCACCGAAAAGUCGAAAUUUUCCAAGUAAUUUUCAUAUUUUGAGCCUUAAUAUUACACGUGGCGAAGAAAAUGGCCGAAAGCGACUGGGACACGGUGACUGUUUUGAGGAAGAAGGGGCCGACCGGUGCUCAGGCCAAGUCCAAGCAGGCGAUCACCUCAGCUCAGAGACGAGGGGAGGACGUGGAGACCACCAAGAAAUGGGCUGCGGGGCAGAACAAACAACACCUGGUCAGCAAGAACACAGCCAAAUUGGACCGCGAGACUGAGGAGCUGCACCACGACCGGGUCUCCUUGGAGGUGGGAAAGGUCAUCCAGAAGGGUCGCCAGGAGAACGGACUCACCCAAAAGGACCUCGCCACUAAAAUCAACGAGAAGCCGCAAGUCAUCGCCGACUACGAGUGCGGGAAAGCCAUCCCCAGCAACCAGGUCAUGGGCAAGAUCGAGAGAGCCAUCGGCAUGAAGCUGCGCGGGAAGGACAUUGGUCAACCCCUGGAGCCAAAAUCCAAGACAAAAUGAAGACAAAGCCUCGAAGUCAGCCGCCCCAUCCCCCCCCCUCCCCAACCCUCCCCUUCACCUUCCCUCACUGCCCUCCCUGCCCUUUUUCCUCCUCCUCCCCGGGCUGACGAGUCCAGCGUUCUCACCCGAGGACCUGCCUGGACACUGCAUUGCAAGCUGCACACGGGACAAAACCAGAUCAGACGAGAUGUCACACAACGUGUGAGAGCUUUUGCUUUUUGGUUCUUUUGCUUCCACCCUCUCCGGCUUGAAGAUGAUGAUGAUACUCUUGGUCGCCAUCCUUGGGGCGAGCAUUCUAACGGCCAAAAGUGCUCAACCGUUGCAUUUUUUUCACUCACUCAGCGACAGUUUACGUGGAUGUCAUUUAACAGUUGAAGCCUUUCUGAUGCUAUGAUUUUUCUUUGCAAAUAAAGUUUGACAACACUC